AUGUCUUAUUCAAACAAAAGAACCAGAAGUUCUACUGACUUGCCUUCUUUUGAAUGCAAUUUCUGUAGCUUGACUUACCCUACUAGCAAGCAACUUCACAAUCACAAGCGUAUUCACAAAACAGUCAAUACUCCUGUUGCUAAAGAGAACUUACAAGAACCAGUUGUGCAAUCUGCUUCAGCACAAACAAAUCUAGAAGAUGUUCCAUUUGAUCCUUUCCAGUCAAGAAUCUUUAAAGCAUCUUGCAACUUUGAAGCUGGUGACCAAGGACAUAUCUACAACAACAAUAUCUUCAUGACAUCCGAGUUAUUCAGUAUUUGCUUGAACAAUCUUGUAACCGAUUUUGGGGUUUCUACAGAUCUGCAUAGUCUACUUGUAGAUCUUCUGAACACAGUCAUUCGUAAUAAUGACAAGCUCAAAGAAGAAUACAACCCAAAAAUCUUGUAUGCUGGGCCUGUCAACACGCUCAUCAAAAGCAAGACUGACCUGAAGUCUUAUGAGUACGACAUUUGUGAGAAUGUUUGCUUGCUCUUUGACAUCACCAAGGAUGAAGACAAAUGCUCCAUUUGCAAGGCCUACAGAUACAAGGAGAUCGAUGGUGACUCUUCUUUGGUACCAGUAAACAUCAUGAUGUCAAUUGGCGACCAACUGGCAAGACUUCUUGGUAACGACAAGACAAGAGCAAAGCUGCAAUGCAGGGCCAACAGGCAAUCUAUUUCAAAUGAAAUAUCUGAUUAUUUUGAUGGUGAAGAGUAUAAAACUCUAAAAGAGCAGCAGCUCUUUGAUUCCCCCAAUGACAUAGCAAUUGCUCUGUUUCUUGAUGGUUUUGUAAACCAAGAAAAAUCGAAACAGCAAUUGACUAUUGUGCAUGAUUUUUUAUACAUGGGUUAUCUUAGACUUAUCUUUUUUUUUGUGUCAAGAUGUACCGAUGAAUACCUCAUCCAACUUGCGAUUAUACCUGGAAAGCCCAAAGAUCUUGACUCUUUCUUAUUGCCUAUUAUAGACGAAAUAAGUAGCUUAGGAAAACAUGGGUUGAUCAUCAAAAAGUUCAAUGGCGAGCAGAUUAAAGCCAAAGUUCACAUGGUCAUGGCCUCUGGUGACAUUCCUCAAGUUACCCAAUUUUGUCACCACACUGGUCACAUGUCUAACAAAGGUUGCCGGAUAUGCGAGGUAGAAGGCGUCAGCCCUCCCCACGGUAAAGGGAAAUACUACCAGGACCGUUGUGCCACUUUGAGAACAAAGGACGACUUUGUUGGAGGUAAAAAAGCUACCGGUAUUAAAGAGGCAAACAUUUUUGCCCGAUUGCCCACCUUUAGUGGAUCUUGCUUCUAUGGACUUGAUGAGAUGCAUUUAAUUGGUCAUGGAAUAGGCAAACUUAUCUACAAACUAGUUGUACUUUCCAACACUGAAUCAUUGGAAGCUUACUGGCCAAAGAGUGAAGACGGAAGUCAUUUCCUGAAAGAUAGAUAUACCUUCUCUCUGAAGGAAAGUGAUGUUAAGCUGGCAGGUAGACAAAUCCAGUAUUCUAGAUCCAACAUACCUGUAUCCUUCCAAGGCAGUUGGGAUAAUAUUAUUGACAAGAGGGAAGGCGUAAGGGCAAUCGAUUAUAUUGAUUUCCUUUUGUAUGUUAUCUCCACUCUGCUGGUUCCUCUGUUUACAAGACAAACAACUCGAAAGGCACUCCUGGCUCUGGUAAAAGGUUGCUCUAUAUGCUUGCAGUGGAAUUUAAAUGAGAAUAUGAUAGUGGAAAUGGAAAACAAUUUCAACAUUUGGCAUCAGUUUCUGGAUUCUGAGAUUACAGAAAAAAUCUAUCAGUCAGAGUCUUCUCUCCCUAAGGUUUUCAGUGGAAAAAACGCGGGCAACUUGGUGGAGCGACUAGCGAUCCGUGGCUAUCUGAACUGCUCGGUAGAUUUCGAUGAAUUGGUGAAUCCAAUUAUACCCACAAGGACAUCUCUGGACGACUUCCUGGAACUUUCAUCUCUCUCUCCCUACAAUUAUGAUCAUCAACUCUGGAGUCCGUUCGAAACUAUACCCUAUAUACAAGAAUUCACCAACAUACCCACAUUUACCAAGGAAUUACAAACCUUUUAUAUCUGA